AUGGCUGCGUUAAAAGGAUUAAUUGAUUCUGAAUGUGGACAAACAAAUCCACUGAUUAAACUCAGUCAAUUUUAUGCAAGAGAUAAUUCGUUGGUGACUCAGAGUUCGAAUAUUGGUGAUGCAACAAUUGAUGAUUUAGUUAAUGAAUAUUACCUGAAUCAAACGCAAUCAACAGCAGACAAUCAUCAAAUGCCAUUAGCAGCGCCUUGUACGUUUCAUUUCGAAGGUCUUUUAUCAGGAUUACGGUUAUCUGAUGAUACAAAUGCAACUGAAGACCGGUUUAUAUCUCCUAUUAAAAAUGACACAUUUCCUGAUAUUCAGUCAUCACCAACAACGAAGACAACAUCAUCGAUAACAUCACCACAAACCGCAAAUGUAGCAGCCACUUCUUUGUUUAUCAGUAACAGCAAUUCAGCUGUUAUCCAUCCACCUCAUUCCUCUUAUUCAUCUAUGCAAUUACCACAAUCAUCAUCUUCCUCGUCUCCCUACUCAUUACAACAACAAUCAUCAAAUAUUUUUCAACAAGAUGAUAGGACUUUUGAUUCACAGGCAAUAUUGCCAAAAUCUUCUUCUUCUUCCUCUACGCCGUUUUCUUCUACACAAGAACAACAGCCAUCUUCUUUUUUACUACCAAAUAAUAUCGAUUUAAUGCAGCAAGAGCAAUGGAUGUCUCAACCAUAUUGGAAUGGACAAACAGCAUAUAUUAAUCCGUUGUCAUCGUCGUAUUUAAAUAAUACCUCAUUUAUUCAUCCAGAACAGCCACAACAAGAAAAUUCAAUAUUAUCAACAAACAAAAUCAAAGCGUUCGAUAAUGAUACAGUUAAUACAGCACAAAAUAUUCUGUCUCUGUUAAAUCAAGAAACACCGUUUUCAGAUACGGAAUUUAAAAGUUAUGUCGAACAACUUGCCGGUGAAGUAAAUAGCUCAAACUCAACGGACAAAAUAAUUAAUCGUGAAAUAUCAUCUUUAAAUACGUCACAAAACGAACAACAACAGUUACAGCCAAUACAAGAAAAGGAGAAGCAAGAUUCUCUCGUACAAAAUUGGAUUGACGAAUUUGCGAAACAAGCAAAUGAUCAAGGACAGAAACAAGAUGAAAAUAAUGUUUGGAAUAAUACACAGUCAACAUGGCAAAAUGAAUGGGCUGAUUCAACGUUAUCGGCUGAUCAAACAAGAGCAGCACAAUCAUGGCUUGAUGAUUUUAUUCAAAGUGUCGAUCCAUAUUCUGAAUAUAAAUUUUCUAAAAAUAAUUUAUUCAUGGAACAUAUAAAUCCAUAUGAAGAGGGUUUAAAGCGUUUACGUGAACAGGAUAUCGUUAAUGCCGUUUUAUUAUUCGAAGCAGCAGUUCAAAAAAAUCCACAACAUGCUGAUGCAUGGCUCUAUUUGGGCAUUACACAAAGUGAAAACGAACAAGAUGGACCGGGCAUUUGCGCUCUGAAAAAAUGUAUUGAAAUUGAUUCGAAAAAUUUACAAGCCUACUUAACAUUGGCGUCAUGCUAUGCGAAUGAGUUAAUGACAAAUGAAGCUUUAGAUUCGUUGAGAAAAUGGUUGUCAUAUAAUGAGAAAUAUUCUUUUUUAUUAAAAUCUGAAGCAACAACAAGUGACGAAACGAAGCGAUCGACAGACAUCCUUGAUGAAUCUGCGUUCGAAGAAUUACAAGAACUUUUCUUACAGGCGGUGUCAUUACCUUAUUUUUCACAUGAGAUCGAUCCUGAUUUACAAGUUUGUCUUGGAAUUUUGUUUUAUCUGCCUGGUGAUUAUGAUAAAGCUGCGGAGUGCUACAAUACUGCUGUUCAUGGUAAACCUGAUGACCCUUUACUGUGGAACAAAUUGGGUGCUGCGUUAGCCAAUGGUGGUCAAAGUGACAAAGCUGUUGAAGCUUAUUAUCGUGCACUAAAUUUAUCACCUCGUUUUGUUCGAGCGCGUUACAAUUUGGGAAUUAGUUGUUUUAAUCUUAGCGAGUAUAAACAAGCAAUUGAACAUUUUCUUACAGCUCUCAAACAACAAAGUGAAGGAAUUGGUCCACAAGGACAAAUUGCUCAAAUGUCCGAAAAUAUUUGGCGUACAUUAGCCGUUGCAUUAGAUCAUAUGAACAGAACAGAUUUAGAUGAUUGUAUACAAACAAAAAACUUACAAAAACUAAUUGAAGUAUUCGGUAUUGAAUAA